UCGUGAUCCGCGGGUACUGGUAUAAUGUCUGUUGAAGGACAGAUGCCGCAUCCGUACGCUAAAUCCAUUUCGCGAAUCACUUCAAAAAGUUAAGAACUGGUAAUUUCCGCGGGGCGAUCUUCGAUCUGCCCUACUUAGAUUUUCAGGUUAUGGACGCGCCAUUCAUUUAACUUUGAAGAUCUAUGGUACCUUGUCUUCAAUUUCUGCCAUGGCAAAGAUCAUAGAAGCCUGUGAUCAUUAUCUCUGAUUGAGUGACAAAUCCAUGUGACUAGAAACUCUGGGGUAUUUCAUGGACAACAGCUUUCUGGCGUCUGUUCGCAGGAAUGGUGCUUGAUAUUCAUGUUCCUUACAUCUUUCAGCUGAAGUUGGAGGAGGAUGGUUUCUUGUUUCAAAUGGGGAAAUAUAUAGCUGUGCAGAAUAGUUAUGUUAAUGGAAUAUUUUAGAGACCAAUUGAGGGCACUGCUUCAUAGGUGUAAUAACAGCAUUUCUGACAUGGCAGAGUCUCAGAUUUUCAUUGUUGCUGGCCUAACUGCUUCCUUGAUUGGAAUACUGACAUUUGCCUAUGCCAUGUUUCAAUGGAGACGAAGUAUUAGCCUAAGCUGGAUGAAAGCUAUAGCAAGGUCAAAAAAAAAUCGGAAAAGAAAGAACAAAGCUCCUGCUGUUGCUCAUGUAUGGAGCAUCGAAUCAGCAUCUCGUGCUAAAGGAUUAAACUGUUGUGUAUGUUUAGACUCGCUAUCGCCAUCUCAAGCCCUCGGGCAAAUGAUGGCCUCUGAUUAUUUCAUUCACCGAUGUGAUGUCUGUGGUGCAGCUGCGCACCUGACUUGCUUGUCCAGUGCGCAUAAAGACUGCAAAUGUGUAUCCAUGUUUGGUUAUAAUCAUGUAAUUCAUCAGUGGGCUGUGCAGUGGGUGGUGAUAGCAGAUAGAUCUGAAGAGACUCCUUAUUGUAGUUACUGCGAAGAACCUUGCGGUGGAUCGUUUCUCGGUGGCUCGCCAUUUUGGUGCUGUAUGUGGUGUCAACGACUUGUGCAUAUAGAUUGUCAUGGAAGUUUAGCCAAGGAGACCGGCGAUAUGUGUGAUCUUGGGCCAUUUAAGCGCCUUAUUUUAUCACCACUUCAUGUAAAAGAUGUAAAUAAAAGUGGUGGGAUACUUAGUUCUAUAACACAAGGUGCAAAUGAAUUUGCAUCGAACAUACGUGGGCAUAUGAGGAGCCAAAAUAUGAAGUCCAAGCAUGGAACCUUACCUGCCGAUUCUUCCAACACUUCCAAUUUAGCGGACUUAUCUGCUGAAAGCACAGUAAAUUCCCACCAAAAUCAUAUAGGCUUUAAUGAAAAUUUAGAGCAUUUAGCUGAGAAGGUUGAUACUGAAAAUUUGCACCCAACUAGUGAGAAUGGUUACAAGGAUGUGUUGAAACAAUAUGCUUUGAGAAGUUAUUCUUUCAACCAGAGUAAUGAUUCUGGUGUGGAAGGGACAAAACUGAAAUAUGAAUUGAUUGAUUUGCCUCCUGGUGCACGCCCGCUUCUGGUUUUCAUUAACAAGAAAAGCGGAGCCCAACGCACAGACUCACUUAAGUUGUGUUUGCGCUUCCUUUUGAAUCCUGUUCAGGUAUUUGAGUUGAGUUCAGCCCAGGGACCUGAGCAUGGUUUACAGUUGUUCAAAAAGGUGCGUCACUUUAGAAUCCUUGUUUGCGGUGGCGAUGGAACGGUUGGUUGGGUUCUUGAUGCAGUAGAUAAGCAAAACUAUGAAUCUCCUCCACCUGUUGCAAUUCUUCCUGCUGGCACUGGUAAUGAUCUUGCAAGAGUUUUGUCAUGGGGAGGUGGUCUUGGUGCUGUCGAGAGAAUGGGAGGUUUGUGGUCUGUCUUAGAGCAGAUCGAGCAUGCUGCUGUCACCGUUCUAGAUAGAUGGAUGAUAACGAUAGAGGAUUUACAUGCGAAGCAUGUCCAACCACCACGAUUUAUGAACAACUAUCUUGGAAUUGGUUGCGAUGCAAAAGUUGCUCUUGAAAUUCAUAAUCUUCGUGAAGAAAAUCCAGAGAAGUUUUACAACCAGUUUUUGAACAAGGUGCUCUAUGCACGAGAAGGUGCCAAAUUUAUCAUGGACAGGACAUUUGCUGAUUUUCCAUGGCAAAUCAGACUAGAGGUUGAUGGCACUGAAGUAGAAGUUCCUGAGGAUGCUGAAGGUGUUCUUCUUGCCAAUAUUGGUAGCUAUAUGGGAGGAGUUGAUCUGUGGCAAAACGAAGAUGAAAAUUAUGACAACUUUGAUCCACAAUCGAUGCAUGACAAGGUCCUGGAAGUUGUUAGCAUCAGCGGAACAUGGCAUCUUGGAAAGCUUCAGGUUGGACUUUCUCGAGCAAGAAGGCUGGCUCAAGGACAAUCUAUCAAGAUUCAUGUCUUUGCUCCCCUUCCAGUUCAAGUAGACGGUGAACCUUGGGUUCAGCAACCUUGCACGCUAAGCAUAUCACAUCAUGGUCAGGCAUUCAUGUUAAAGAGAGCAGCUGAGGAGCCUCUUGGUCAUGCUGCAGCUAUAAUCACUGAUGUACUUGAAAAUGCAGAAACCAAUCAUGUCAUUACUGCUUCACAGAAGAGAGCCCUUCUUCAAGAAAUGGCACUCAGGCUUUCAUAGUACCCAUUUUCUUCUAUACAAAUUGAGCUUUUUUUUAAUCUGUUUUACUUCCAGUUUCAGGUCAUGUAUCUGUUUUUGACCACAUCAUGUAAAUAUUUUGAUCACAUUUCAGUCUACUCUAUCAGAUUUUUUUGUGUCCAUUUUUUUGUGAGCAGAGAAUGAUUGGCUUUUUACUGCUGAUAGCAUGAUGAAUUUUGUUUCA